AUCCCUACUUGGCUCCCGGCAGCCCCGCCGGGGGCUUCGUGCGCUUCCUGCUGCUGGGAGCUCCGAGCAGGGCCAUGCCGUGGCUUCUCAGCAAGAAGCGACGGCAGUCGCCGUCCAGCAGCACCAGUGGGCAGCCCUGGGCUGCCACCAGCUCCACCAGUGCCUCCGAGCUCAGGGAGAGGGGGCUGGGCAGGCUGCACCGCGCGGCUGCCCGCGGUGACCUGGCCUGGCUGAGGCGCUGGCGCUGGUAUGUGAGGGCAGUUGGCAUCGACAGGCAAGACCAGGAGAUGCGGACACCUCUGCAUCUCGCUGCAGCAAAUGGCCAUGCAGAUGUCAUUCGAUAUCUGAUGAGAAAGAACAGCCAGCCCAACCUCGCUGACAGCUUCAAGAGAACGGCACUGAUGAAGGCAGUGCAGCAGGAGCAGGAAGAAUGUGUUGCUGUUCUGCUGGAACACGGUGCCGACCCGAAUCUGGCGGAUGCUGACGGCAACACUGCCCUUCACCUGGCUGUGCUGUCUAAAAAUACAGCUGUGGCAGGGCUGUUACUGCAGCAUAAUGCCAAGAGUGAUGCUCAGAACCAGUGGGGAUUUACUCCCUUAAAACUUGCAGCCUUCCUCCAGCAUGAGGAGAUUCUGCAGUGCCUUCUGACCAAAGCAGCUGACAGACAUGCUCAAGCCGAGCCUGAGAGGUGA